UAAAGUUACCAGAGACUGAAACACGCUGCUCCCAGCCUCCCGGAAUGGCAGACCAGAAGCGCCUUGCCUUCUCCAUCAUCCAGUUUCUCCAUGACCAGCUGCAGAACGGGGGUCUGUCUCCAGACGCUCAGGAGAGUUUGGAAGUGGCCAUCCAGUGCCUGGAGACAGCAUUUGGGGUCUCGAUGGAAGACCAAGGCCUGGCUGUGUCCCAGACUCUUCCUGAAAUAUUUGAAGCUGCUGUAGGAAAGGACCCUGAACACAUCAGAACCAACUCGGAGCCCAUCACCCCCUCUGAAGAUGACAUAGCUGAGGCUGAAAGACUCAAGACUGAAGGAAAUGACCAAAUGAAGGUGGAAAAUUUUGAAGCUGCUGUGGCUUUCUAUGGAAAAGCAAUUGAAUUAAAUCCAUCCAAUGCUGUGUAUUUUUGCAACAGAGCUGCUGCAUACAGUAAGCUAGGAAAUUAUGCCGGAGCGGUGAGAGACUGUGAAAGAGCGAUAGGCAUCGAUCCAAACUACAGCAAAGCUUAUGGCAGAAUGGGCUUGGCCCUCUCCAGUUUAAAUAAACACACAGAAGCUGUCGUUUACUACAAAAAAGCCCUGGAGCUGGAUCCAGACAACGACACGUACAAAUCAAACCUUAAAAUAGCUGAACAGAAAAUGAAGGAGACUCCUAGUCCAACUGGAGGUCCGGGAGGAUUCGAUUUGGCUGGCUUGCUGAACAACCCCGGCUUCAUGAGCAUGGCAUCCAACCUCAUGAACAACCCACAAGUACAACAGCUCAUGUCUGGGAUGAUUUCUGGUGGCCACAACGCCAUAGGCCCCAGCCCCUCCACGAACGACCUCGCCAGCCUCAUACAAGCGGGCCAGCAGUUCGCUCAGCAGAUGCAGCAGCAGAACCCUGAACUCAUAGAGCAGCUACGAAGCCAGAUUAGGAGUCUUGCGAGCCGGCAGCGUUUGAACACUCUGGAGAUCACGGGGAUCUUCUCACCUCCAGGCGCAGGGAUGCCGGUGGUUAGAGUCACUGCGUUUCUCGCUCAGACCUGUAGCAGCACUGCCAGCGUUGUUGGUCCCCGGGAGCUCGGCGGUGGCCUCGCAAAG